AUGGGUCUGCGGCGUCCCGGGGGUCCAAGUCUUUCGGUGUUUCGGCGGUGGGCGGUAGCAGCAGGGUCAGCAGUGGGCGAUGCCUUCCGGGGUCGUCUUGGCAGUCCCUUUUAUUCCUGUUCAAGGGCUGUAGUUUCCAUGGCAAUGUCACGUUGCUACAUUCCUGUGCUCAACCGAGUCUUGCACACAGCGCAGCCCCUGCAAACCGGAGGUCUCCAUGGCCUUGCAGCCGCUCUUACCUUACUGAAGAAUUACCAGAACUGGAGAAUUGAAUGCCCAGAAAUAAGUGCAAAUUUACAACCAUCUUCUGUUCUUGGUCUUUUGCAUGCUGGGUAUCAUGGAGUCCUGAGAUCAAGGGACCCACAUGGAAGCAAAGUGCUAAUAUACAGAAUUGCACAAUGGGAUCCCAAGUUAUUUACAGCAUACGAUGUGUUUCGAGUAAGCCUUAUCACGUCUGAACUCAUUGUAAAGGAGAUUGAGACUCAGCGGAAUGGAGUCAAGGCUAUCUUUGAUCUUCAGGGGUGGCGAUUUGCUCAUGCAUUUCAAAUCAGUCCAGCAGUGGCCAAGAAAAUUGCUGCUGUACUCACAGAUUCCUUUCCACUAAAAGUUCGAGGUGUCCACUUGAUUAAUGAGCCUUUAUUCUUCCACCCAGUCUUCGCUCUAAUUAAGCCUUUUCUCACUGAAAAAAUAAAAGAACGGGUGUAUAUGCAUGGAAAUAACUACUUGCAGAGUCUGACCGAACACUUUCCGGUCAGCAUUCUCCCACAGGAAUAUGGCGGGAAGGAAGUCUCCAUUGAAGAGCUGGCCAAGGAAUGGACUGACUUUAUAAUGGCAUCUGCAGAUUAUCUUCGGAGCAUUUCUCUGGUUACCCAGGACUAA